GGCUUCGGCAUGGCGCCGCGCACGCUGCUGCUGCUGCUGCUGUUCCUCCCGUGCGCCAUCCUGGGUUCCACCGAAAACUCGAGCUGGACAGCUGUACCUCUCAAUUAUACACACCCGGGGCCCUCGGGCACGGGUCCCACGCUGCUCCGCUUGUUCUACGUAAUCACCGGGCUCAGCGGCCUGAUCGCGCUCUACUUCCUCAUCCGGGCUUUUAGACUCAAGAAGCCGCAGCGAAGGAGGUAUGGACUUCUGACCAACAAGGAGGAGCAUGAAGAGAUGGCGUCUCUGGACAGUGAGGAAGAGACCGUCUUUGAAACCAGGAAUCUGAGAUGAUACUGAGGUGGGGGUGGUAGGCUGCAAGGACCAGAGACGACGUGUGUUCUGCGGGCUCUGAUGUCAGCCUUCCUGGAAGGCGUCUGUACAACCCCUCGGCUGCUCCGUAGGCCAGGACAGUGUGACCUCACCUCACUGAGACCAGCCCACAGACCUGAGGCCCCCAAAGCUCUGUCCCCCUGCCUCCCAUAAGUGACAAGCAGCCUUACAAGGUAUGAUGGAGCGAAUGGACCUUGGGAUCUCAGUGUGCGCCUUUCCGCUGCUUUGGGGACAAUAAAUGAAGCAGUGGCCUUGUAGCUGACCUGAAACCUCCCCCUUGACGUCACACCUAGAUAACCUGGUGAAGUGGGUGAGGUUGUCAUUCCUGACUGCCUGUUGAUGUCACUCUCUAGAGAUACCUAUUUAUUCCUCCAACUUGUUCGGAGGCGGCAGCUGCGGCAUAGUUUCCCAGGUACUUCUGGGCCGCAGUUCAACAUUAGCCAACAUUAGCCAUGGUCUUAGCUUGGGCGGGGUGGGGAAGACAACCUACAGGGGCAAGGCAGGGAUCACUUGCUGCCUGAGGUCACAGCCCCAGUCCAUUCUGCCUCGUCAUAACAACAAAUUGCCACCAGAUGGCAGUCAUACGCCACCUAGCCUCCCAGGACCCCACCUGGGAAUAGGUUCAAUUCAGAACCCUCCCAACCACCCUGUCCUGUGGAUACCCAGUCUUCAUCCACCUCCAUGCCCCACAGACUCUCCAGCUGGGCUGAGGUGGGACCCUGAGUCUGUCUGGGCCUACUAGGAGUGUUGGUACCCAUUGGGUGGUGCCCCCUUCCCAUCCUGUGGCCCCACCCCUGCCUGUCUCUGCCUGUCCCCUCCAGUGGCUGGGUCCCUGCUCAGCUGGGCCUGUUGCCCGAAGGAAACCUUUAUGGUUUGCACCCCCAGCCCGCACUCGGGAAGCCAGCACUCCUGAGUCACAGCUCUGGGGGCCCUCUGCCCUGAUUGUUGAUUGGUUUCCGUCUUUGUAUUGUGGCUGCUGGGAUGGGCCUGGUUCCUGGUCCCACAAAUUUUGUGAUCUGCGCCCCUGAUCCCACAGCUCAGUCAUUGCUGAAGCUUCAAAAGGCAGGGUGAUUAGUAUAAUGAGGUCAGAAGAGACCCAAGCCCCCGCCCCAGCCUCCUCACCAGCACAGGGAAGGUGGCCCACCACCAUCCGCCUGUCAGCCGUCACUGCACCCCGGCAUUAGCAGGGAUAAUUGGCAGUUCCAUCAAGGUUAAUGCACUACUAGCUGGUCUGCGCCGCUGAAAGCCAGGAGAAGGGCCUGUCAGGCAAGAUGGAAGGCCUGGGGCCUGGCCAGCCUGCGCACACGCCUGGGGCGGCUCCCAGCACGAGACCUCGGGACACCGCUCCUGCUUGUACCCGUCCCAAAUCCUGGCCUGGCAGAAAGGCACGGCAGGCAAAGCCGCUUGCCGCCAAGUCUGGGUUGGAUUCCUGGAACCCACUUGGCCGAAGGAAAGGACUGACUCCCAUAAGCUGGCCCUGCCGGCCACUCCACAAUACGCAAAAAAUAAAAGCCAAGGCCUCUCCUGCUGUCCCCAAUCCUGUAUGUGAGCAAGCCAGACCUUUCAGUGGGGCACCCUACUUAGCACUCAGA